UCCCCUCCCAUCUAGGUGUGAUCCGUCCCAGUGAAACCCAGCAGGUUGAGUUUUUGUUUAAAUCAGAUGAGCCAGGUAUCAUCACUGAACUUUGGCAGCUCAACACUCAUCCUGUGCUGCUGCAAGGAGCCUCCAUGCGGGUCACGCUGAGGGGGGUUUCUCUGUACCAAGACAAAACUGCAGACCAGAGGCUUUACAUAGCGACAAAACUGGAAAAGAUCGUGUCAGUAAAAAUAUGUCGAUCGAUCGUGUAUGAGGUGCUGCAGGCGUUGCACACCCCAGAAAGACCCAGCUCCCCCCCAGAGCUCUACAUCACUAAAGAGCAACAGUUUCUGCGCAAAAACCCCCAGUUGCAGUAUCUUGAUCAGCCAGUGGAGGAACUAAAGAGUCUGUGGCAAGAAGUGAAUCGAGGACACCCCUGGGACUUCUCUGUUGAUACGCUCCGACAGGUUCUGUUGUCGCUGCCUGAUGAAGAGCCAACUCAAGACUCUCUUAGCAAAGAAGAGAAGCUGGCUCAGCUCAACUCUGCGUUUCUGCAGCUUUCUGAACCUACUGAUCUGAAACACAACCAUCUAACAGCUGCCACUAUAGGGCAGCAGCUGUGGGUGAAACUGCUGGAUGAGAUGACUGGGGAGGCGCACUGGCUCAGGAGCCUGCUAGGCCUCCCAGAGAGAGAAAUGUGUGUUAUAAAAGACGAUGAAUCCAUAGUAUCUGAUGCUGAUUUGGCUGAUAGCAAAUCCAAAAAUGAGAAAAAGGAAGGACUAGUGGCUGAAGUGGAGAAUAAUGGGGGGAGAUCCACACCUAAAGAUGACAACAAAAGAGAGUCCAAGUCACCAGCACUAACUGAAAAAUCAGCCAAGGGAAAAAGACGGGAUGAAGUAGAGAAGGCCUCUCGGGGAAAGCUAGGGAAGAAGUCUUCCUCGCUGACUGACACCCAACCACAGAGAAUCAUUCAACAACCACCUGAUGCCCAAAGUGAAGAUCCAGAAGUGAUGCUCAUUUACACAAGACUUCUGCACAAAAAGGUUUAUGCUCUGAUGGAGGAUCUAGUGGACAACCUGUGUGACCUGAUGGAUGAGCUCAGUGUGGGAGAUGAACAACACAAAUGAGUCAGGCACAUAUAACGCAAUAAAACUUGUCAAAUUGGA